UUUUUUUUUUCGGCAGCCUGUCCGUGGUUUAUUUCUUUGUUGGUUGUUGUUCGUCCUUUUUUUCUUUCUCUCUUUCCAUCUCUUGUUCGUAUUUUCUUUCAUCUUUUAUCCUGUUGCAUAUGUUCUAUAAACAGAGACGGCCACCACCAUAAAACCAAAAGAAAAGGAGAAAAAAAAAGGCCAAAGCGACCCAGGGACAGACAGUAACAUAACAAUUACAGUUUGCGUUGGCUUGAAUUUUGAAGCCUACAUAUCCUUGCCUCCCUCACCUCCACUGGCCUUUUGAUACCGGUCUUCCCGACAUCCGUGUUUAUGCAACAAGUCAUUACCGAACAUAUCUCUUGACAAAAGCCCCAAUCUUUCAUACCAUCACAUUAAACCUGCUAUCUUCCGUAAUUUUACCCAGCAGUCCGAAAGAAAGCACCCACAGCCUGUCCUUAUGCUUCUUUGAUACUUUGUUGUCUUUUAUCUUUCUCUAUUGUUCUGAACAACCCCCCCCCCCCCCAAAAAAAAAAAAAUUACCACACAUCUGGUAUUUACUUGGCCGCGGGUAAAGCUGAUUGUUAUAACGACCAACGACAUCUGUUAUUGUCACUUGCGUGUGACGAAACAAAGUUAAAUAAACUUGAUCAGCCGACCGAAUCUCAUCUAUCUGAUCAGAAAAUUGGGGGUUGUAUUCAAAUCCUUCUCGGGACGUACCGCUCGAGAUUUAUAUCCAGCCAAACAGUUCCGGUUGUUCCGGUGCCCGCCAAAUUUUCUAAUAACCGAGCCGUGAAAGCCUCACGGACCGAGUCAUAAAACCUCUUCUUUGCAUGUGAGAGGUGAGGCUAGGAGCACAACAUCGAAACUAGGUCCUCUGUUUGGAUGGUUCCAACUCGGCUAAUCUGAGGACGGGGCUUUCACGGUGUGUUCUGGCCUGGCAUUUCCGUCGGGGGCAACCAAACAAAUCACUGGCAAAUUGGUUCUAUCGUCCUGUUGAGGCGUGAAAAAAAAAGAAAAAAAAAGAAAACAGAAAACCAUGGCAGCAACUAGAUCCAAUCCCUCAGUGAUGACGGACGGGCUGCCAGAUGCAAGCGCGGAACCGUUGAGCGUGGUGGAGUCCCCAGCCUCUGGCACGGCUUUGGCGCGUUUCGAGUUCGAGACGGGCAAGGGCAACGAAGGGACAAAGAUCCUCAUGGUGGAGUGGGAUGCAGCCUCAACGGCGAUGGGCAGCAGGCAGAUGGAGGACUGGCAGGUCUCGUGGGAGGGCAAGACCACCGUGCUCCCAAUCCGAGACCCGGAACUGUCCGAGGGCGGCUCGUCGAACCGCCGCGUCUACUUCCUGCUACCACCGGGCGCCCCAAUACCGCCGCUGGUGACUAUUUCCAGGACCGGGGCCGGUGCCACCUCGGACCCGCUGCGGACCAAGCCCCUGCCGGCAAUCUUCCACCCGGCCCUUCUUGGGGCUGAGACCAAGCAAGAGGUUGGGCUGAGGGGUGUGCUUCAUACCAUCUGGGCCAAGAAGCGACUGGUGGAGCUGCAGGCCGAGAUGGACCGGGAGGCCAAGUCCAACGGGGAGAGCGUUGGGCUGGAGAUGGCGCUGCAGGAGAGGAACUGGAUCGUAGAGCACUUUGGCUUGUCCGAGUCGUAUGCGCCCAAGCAGCAGCAGGCCGUGCCUCUCAGUCCGACGAGUCCUACAAGUCCGAGGUCGCCGAUUGGAGGAAAGCUGGGAGAAAAGUUGAAGGGUUUGAAGCUUGCCACUUCACCUACGGAGCUGGCUGCUGCUUCUCAGCUUUCGAAAGCCCAGGUCUCUUCCCUGUCUCCUCAAGCAGCAGAUAUGGCAGUGCCAUCAUUUCUGGCUUUCCAGGGACGUGGACCUCCUGGCAGGACAGCUGGUACCGGUACCAUGGCUAGUAACCCCGGCAUUGCGUCCCUUGACGCAAUGAUGGGGGGAGGACCAGGGGCCCCCGUCACCGGCUUCAACAGCGUUGUUGAUACGGAAGAGGAACUGUUUGCCUUACCGAUGAGCCCAAGGAGUCCCGAGAUGACGAGGAGCCCCUUCAGCAUGCUCUAAGGCGGUACGGGGAAUAUGACAGCUGUUUGCAGUCAAAUGCUGUUGUUGUGUUGCGAGGCGCCGGCAAAUCGCGCCGCAUAUCCUUCGUACAAAUGGGGGAUCUUUUCAGGAAGAUACAAGACGGUGGAAGUUAUUACCCGUAGCGGAUCAUAUAAAGGGGCGCCUCGGACUACGGAGUCAUAGAGGAGACAUGCUUUCGUCUACGCAAGGGAUUGGGACGAUGUUGAAGAUGACUUGAUGAUUUAGCAGUAUAUAGCGGCUUAUGACGGGCUUGGUAGGUCACGUCGUUUAGCAGUAGGAUGCAUGGUUUUCUCGAUGCUGUCUACUGAGAUUGAAUAUGCUCCAUGUUCCCAUAUAGUUUCAUGUCAUAGCAGCAAAGAGGACAUGCAGAUCAAAACUCAUGCUCUCGAAUAGCCCUCAAGCUCAUACUCGCAAGAUUAACAAAGCAACAACAUUGUCUGGACA